AUGUUUCUACGUACUGCAGUUAUUGUCCUUGUAUUUUUUAUAGCUAAUGGAAAUGCUGAAUGUGACCAGCAAAGACUUUUGCACUGUAGCAACAAAUUAGCUGCCUUCAUUGGCUUACCGGAGUCAAGUGCACCAAAUCUUUUCAAAAACUAUACCAUUCUCUAUAACUAUUACUUGACAAAGAUCGGGCUUAACCCAGGAUCCACUGAUGAUAUACUCAACGGUUGCAACGGCUUGGAAAGUUUCAACCUUUGCAUGAUGAACAAUCCAGAUUGUCUCGGCUUGUCAUUCUUACUUACUCAAACAGAUAUACAGAAUGCCUACCUGUCACAAGGAACUCUACGCAGCAACGGCUUCAACUGUGGUCCAGGAGUCAAUACUUUGGUUCAUGAGGGUCUCGCGUGUUUCCAGAGAUUACUUCAUUUUAACCAAGACUAUUUCCAACAGUGCACAGCCUCUUAUAACACAGCGGUCACAUUGGAUAGCCCAGGAGCUUGCAAUUACAUUCAACAAUUGAUCAACUGCUGGUCAGUUCCAUUCAAAACGGCUCCAUGCCGACCAACAGAUAACUCAUAUCUCUGGUGGGCUUGCGAAUUCAAUAACGUUUUUGGCAAAACCGAGUUUCCAAAUUGUGGAGUCGAUUGCGACCCAGCCUUCCAAUACAGUUUCUUGGUAGCUCACAUGGAGAAACAUUACAAAUUCGAAAAUGGAGAGCAUUGGGCCAGAGUUCCAGAUAUGACCUACAACGCUGCCGGUGAAGCACGCAUGCUCCAAGGUCAAUGGUUCAAAUUACACUUCUAA